CCCCCUUUUUAAAUUUUUUGUAACUAUAUUUUUUAUUUUUAUCAGCAAUAUUAUUAUUAUUUUUUUUUAUUCUUUCUCUCCAUCCCUUAACACACCGUCAUGACAGAGAUUCGACAAUAUACAACUAGAGAUCAAGAAAAGUUAAAAAAGUAUUAUCUCGCCACUGAACUUCAAAAGAAACAAACCCGAGUCCUGCAUGCCUUACAAAAAAGUCAGAGUGCGAAAAGAGCUUGGCAAGCAGGCUUAGUGGGUAUUUUUGGUCUUCAUUACACUUCACUUAAAGCUGCCUCUAGCUUCUCUACAACAUUACCCACUAUAUUAUUUCAAGUGGUCUUAUGGAGUGCGGGUGUAGGUCUAUUCUGGUAUCAAUGGUUAUGCAAAAAAUACGGGGACAAGGUACGACUGGCUACAGAUACAAUAGCCCAAGCAUUGGCCGAGAUACAGAACAAUCCAAAGAGUAAUGCGUGGGUUAUGGUGAACGACAAGGACGAGAUUAUUGGUACAGUUGCUUUAAAAUGUGUCAAUGGCGAAGGUCAGAUUGGGCUCUUGACAGGAGAGGAAGCUCGACAGCGUCAAAUGUUGGUUCAAAAUGCGAUUAGGUUUGGUCGAACAAACAAGAUUCAAGUUAUUAGCAAAUGGGAUCAAGAUUCAAAAUGUAAUUUUACUAUUCGCACGUUGACAAGGUCAAUUGACCAUUUCCCUAUGCAUCAUUUGUUCUCACCUACUGCUUUAGACCAUGAUCUCACCUAUGUAGAUAAAACCUAUUACAAUGCACUAACGCAAUUGGAUCUAUCGCAUAACAAGUUGACAAAACUACCAUCAUCCAUGGACCAGCUUAAACAUUUAAAGCAUCUGGAUAUAUCGCAUAAUCGACUCUCUCAAUUACCUUCUGGUAUCUACUCAUUGUGCAAGCUAACCCAUUUUGACAUGUCGCAUAAUCCAGUGCGUCGAGUAUCUGCCAACUUGGCGCGUCUGAUGGAGCUCAGUUUAUUGGAUCUGUCGAGCACCGAGAUAAUUUCGAUUCCAGCCGAACUCCUCACGACCUUAUCGAUGACGACGAUUAAAUUAGAGAACUGCCAGCAGCUUGUGGUGGACGAAUUAGAGCAAGAGUUGGUGCAUAAUCCACCUAGUCUUGUGGAGACAUGCGCCCGACAGAUGAUUCAGCCUAUUUUAUCCGAUUUGAUACAGAACAAGAAGGCCAAAAAGAAGCAGCAACGGGAAAGAGAAGCGUCCUAUCAAAGGUUACCCAACCAUCUGCUGCAUUAUUUAUCAAGACCAAAGGCGUGUUCCACUUGUGGCGGUCCUUACUUUCAAUCGUCUGUAACCCGAUAUCGUAUUGUACAAAGACAGGAUGAAUCCUGGGUGCCCGUCGAAUAUAAACUCUGUUCAGCUCAUUGGAAUAAUGAAAAAGAUAGAAUCUUGGCUUUAUUUUCAGAUAUUCCUCAAAGGGCUUUACCCAGAACUACUGAACCUUGUCGUUUAAGACUUGUCCCAUCAUCACACCUUCAAGAUGCAUGA